UAUAAUUUCAGUCAAACGGUUCACAACCCAAAAGUUCAUAUAUGAUCAUAUAUGACAAAGAAAAGCAGCAAAUCUUCACAUUUGAGAAGCCGCUUUUUGCUUGAAAAAUGACUUAAAUGAUUAAUCAAUCAUGAAAAUAGUUGCUAUAAAAUCUGCACGUGUGAAAAAUCGCCUUAAAUGCGUCAAAAUGUGGAAGAAACGACGCGAGAACGAGAGAUCAGACGUUUCUUCUAUCACCAGGAGAUAAAUCCGCCGUCUUAAUUCCCACAUGUGACGCUGACAUGUGGGACGCGUCCUUCACCUUUGCUCUGACUCCCAGAGAGGACGCGACGCGCACCGCCGGAGUCUGGACAGUUUGGAGUCCGGUUGGAGCUGCGCGUAAAAAAGCGCGUCCUCGUUUAUCCGGUAACAUCCGCAUCAGUUCCUCCACAUCUCCCUCUGCGAGCAGAGUCCGUCUCCAGCGUCCGGACUGAGAGCACCAACCGGGAUCCAAAGCGGACCCCUGUACGCGGAUAUAUCAGCUUUUUGUUCUUAGAAUCCACAAUCCUGUGAUCUACUUUUUAAGAAUACUUUAGUGUGGAUCUCUUUUUCCUACAUUAUCCGCGCAGAUCUGAACUCGAUCUACGAGUCUCUAUGUUUCCGGCUCUGUUCUUCAUCCCUGACCCGGUCUGUGGAGAUCCAAGCAUCCAGAGUGGACUUUCUGCCCCGGUUUGUUCGACACCCAGUGGUGCAUCACCGGACAGUGUCUUCGAAAUUCUGCAUAGUCGCGCAAGAAAAUAAACUUUUAAAGUUCUUGUCACGGAAUGACGCACUGACGCAGCUGAAGCGGAGAUCCACAUUUUCCAAUCUCCCUCACAGUGCAAAGAUCACAUGGCUUCACCUUGACUGACAACCAUCGGGCCCCUCAGUCUCUCCUCUUACUGGAGAAAUCCUGUUUCUCAAUGGUCUACCAUAGAAACACCUUUUUGCUGUCUCUCACUCUGUAAGAGACCAUUCAUAAAGUUUUCCCCUGACACCACCAUGGCAGCUGCUCCAGAUGCACCCUGCCUGUCGGAGCUCGGCGGACUUCCCAACAGGAACAUCAGUCUCAUCUCCGGCGCCCGACCCUGCAACCGGAGCACCAUCAGGACCUCGCCUUACACCCCACAAGCCACCGCAGCCUUCGCCAUUGCCAUCACCUUCAUGAUGAUCCUGACCAUCGUUGGGAACAUCCUGGUCAUCAUCGCCGUCCUGACGUCCCGAUCCCUCAAGGGGGCUCAGAACCUCUUCCUGGUGUCGCUGGCUGCAGCAGAUAUUUUAGUGGCCACGCUUAUUAUUCCUUUCUCGUUGGCUAAUGAGCUGCAGGGCUACUGGGCGUUUAGCUCCAUUUGGUGUGAAAUCUACCUGGCGCUGGAUGUUCUCUUCUGUACCUCCUCCAUUGUGCACCUGUGCGCAAUAGCACUGGACCGCUACCUGUCGAUCUCUCGGCCCGUAUCCUAUGGCGCCAAACGUACCCCCAUACGCAUCAAGGCGGCCAUUAUCGUAGUCUGGCUGAUCUCUGCGGUCAUCUCUUUCCCUCCUCUUCUCACCCUGGAUAAGAGCGAAGGAGGUGAAGAGGUGUGUGAACUAAACAGCGAGCGCUGGUAUAUUCUCUACUCCACAAUUGGCUCAUUCUUCGCCCCCUGUGUGAUAAUGAUUCUGGUGUAUGUGAGGAUUUAUCAGAUCGCUAAGAAGCAUACACGCUGCCCGCCCGGACAGAAGCAUAAAGCGGUGGCAGGAGGAAAUGCCAGCAUGGCAACCAGUGAGCCUCCAGUGAAGUUAACUGAGCAGUCACAACAGAACGGGGAUCAAGGAAGUACGACUGCCAGCCAACGAGAUAAAGUCUUGAUCAAAAUAUCUGGCUCGGAUUCCACCUCAUCAUCACUUCGAAAACCGCCUGAGAAUACCACGAGCCAGGGCACUCAGCACUACCCUCCUAAUUCGAGUACCGCUCCAGUUCGGAAAUCCACCUCCUCCCCCUCAAUCCCCCAACAUGACAGCCAAAUCCUCUCAGCUGUUCCCCACAAAGAGUCCCAGACAAAUCCUGACGAAGGGGGGGAAGCACUUCCCGACAACACCUCCAGCUCUGGCUCUGACGCUGAGCUGGAAAUGGGCGAGGACGGUGUUCUUGGAGAGGACAGCAAAGAAGAGACGAACAAGACCGAAGAGCAAACUUUGGGAUUGUCCCAAAGCAAAGGGUUCAAAGUUCAGGUGCUAAACCUGGCCUGCAGAUACAAAAGCACUAUGGCCACAUCAUCUGGCAUCCAACUGGUACCCGAGGAAACGCACAAGAUUCAGGGGACGCCCAUAUCCCGCCGCAAAGCCAUGAUGAACAGGGAGAAGAGGUUCACCUUCGUCUUGGCUGUAGUGAUGGGAGUGUUUGUGAUCUGCUGGUUCCCCUUCUUCUUCUCUUACUCUCUUCAGGCGGUGUGCCCUGAGACUUGCAGCAUCCCCAAUCCUUUGUUUAAAUUCUUCUUUUGGAUUGGCUACUGCAAUUCCUGCCUCAACCCGGUCAUAUACACCAUCUUCAACAAUGAUUUCAGGAAGGCCUUCAAGAGGAUACUGUGCAGGGACACAAAGGGUAUGUUCUUCUAGAAAGGAAAGUAUUAUUAUGUUUUGAACUGCGGGCGGACAGAAAGAUAAUUUGAAGAUAAAAAAUGAUUUAUUUCUUUCUGUAUUUGACGGGAUUGACCCUCUUCAGCAUCGACAUAAACACUUGUACAUUGAGGAGGAAAUUACGUCCAUUUUCUUUUCUCCUUGUGUUUGUCUGAAUGCUGUUAGCUGAGUCAGAGCAGCACUGACAAAGAGGGAGAUUUCAGAAAGCCAGUCAAGUGGCCGAAUCAAUUAUCUUUAAUGUUAUUUAAGAAUACAGUGUAAUUGUAUAUUCAAUGACUCUGAAGGAGAAUGAUUUGAUUUUAUUUUGAAACGGAAGUCAAGAGGAUACAGGGUCUGUGUUCAGUAAUUUAAAGUACAAACAGAACUAUGAUGGUGUAUGUGUUUUUUUGUGUGUGCAUGGGAGUAGAGGAGAGUUGCCUAAGGGUCUUACUGGAAGAGAACAAAUAUCACUAAGUGUCCUUUAUUGGAGAUAAAAUGGGCACUCAAGGAACACAAGAUCAGGGAAAAUGUGAGCAUCCUCCUCUCUGUGCCUCUUCCUCUCACUCUUUUUCUUCCUCCAUCUAAAGCUGUAACUUGGGACGUGUACAUUAUGAUGGAUAGAGCUUUUUUUUCUCUGUAUAUUCCCUAGUCUCUGUGAACCGCUGGAUGUUACACCUCUCCCUGGGAAUCGCUCAUUAAGGUGAUAGCCAGAGGCUUAAACUAGAAAAACUAGAACAAGAGAGCUGAAAAUCAGCAGAGGCUGCAUGAAAGAUGGAGACUCUACGCGUGAAUGUGAUACUUGGAGGCAGCACAAGCUGAGCUGUUCACUUCCCCCUCUUCCUUUAAUCUGGUUUCCCCUUUAAUGUUAUUUUUUCCCUCAGCUGAACUAAAAAUGACGCAGGUAGUCAGUGCAUGUGUUUUAAGUAAGCAGUUGCAGCUCAAGGUGUGUUUACGUUGCGAUUUUGAUUUAUUUGCAACAUUUAAUGAACAUGAUGGACAGUGAGCUUUGUAUCCUAUUCAGCGUGCUCUCUGCCAAAGCAAUACAGACUGUAUCUGAACUCUGCGCUGACCCCGACGAUGAGCAGAAUCCCUGAUGAAGAUGCUCCUCUUCACUCUGAACUGAUCUGAUUUUGUGGGUGUGUAAAUACUGUAUGUGUGUGUGUGUGUGUGUGUGACUGAGUUUGCAGCUGCAUGUUUUUCAAAAAUGCACUUCUUAUCUAUUGAAAGCCAAUUGAAAUUUGCUUGACUGAAGCAUCCAGUACUGUAUACACAUGUAAGAUACCACUGGUGUUGGAAUCAGCUUUUGUACAGUAUAAGCUUAAACUUAAAACGGUAUUCUUGCUACUUGUUGUAAAGUCCAACUGAAAUUUAAUUGCAUGUUUUUUCUGUUACAGCAUACAGAUCUGCUCCGUUAAUUACACGUCCUGUGCUCUGUUUUAAAGCCAUGCUAGCAGCUCUGUGAGGUUUUGAGCUAAUGCUAACAUUAGCAUACUAACAUGCUAACAUGAUGAUGUUUAGCAGGUAUAAUGUUUCGCCAUCUUAGUUUAACGUGAUAGCAUGCUAGCACUAAACACCAAGUACAACUGAGGCUAAUGGGAAUGUCAUUAGUUUUGCAGGUAUUUGGUCAUAAAUGUUAAUACAAUUCAUCCUGAGGGGAACAUGAAUGUGUGAACAAAAUUUCACGGCAAUCCAUCCGAUAGGCAUUUACGAGACAUUUCCCUCAUACAUACACUGGUAGAAUAUUGCCCUGCUAACAUAAGUUUGCAGGCUAGAUCAGCUGCAGAGCUUAAAAACGGACCUAAUGUCAACAUGGGUCCGUUUAGAUGCUAAAUGUUGUGGUUUUACUCUCCAUCACCACUGCUAACAAAACAUUGUGUGUCGUUAGCUUGUACAGUUACCAGUGCAACUUUGUUAACAUUGUGUCAGUCGUGGAUGUAUUAUAAGAACUGGAUACCGGACUCCCAGUUCAUUCCAAUUAAAGCUGCUCACCCAAAGUUUCCAUGCUUCCAUGUUAUGUGGCCCACUGGUCAUUAGUGUCUCUUUCCCUAAGCCCACCAGCCUGUCCCAUAGACUUUACAUUGAGGUGAUGCCAUGCACAUUACAAUAUAAUUUCUAGGCUCUAGAAAAAUUUUACAAAUAUAACUCAUGGUCAUGGUUUAAAAAUCCAUAAUACAAAGUGUAAAUUACCUUGUCUGCAGUUCGAAGCUAGAUCUCUCGAAGGCCCGGUCAGACCAGAAAGUGGCACCGCAAAAUUCAAUCAGGUGUCUCUGUGCAGUAGGCGGUGGAAAAAGUUUGGUGAUGUAGUGACUACUCACAGUUAGUAAACUGUAGCUUGUGAGCUAACUGCUAGCUGUGAACAUGCUGGCGCUAGUCAGUCGCAGUCAUGGUCACAAUAGCUCUCUGAAAUAAAGAGUUCGCUAUCAAACUGAGAAAGCUAACGGGAAAAUAAGGUCACACAGUUUAUUCUAAAGAUUUGUACCAUUGACUCCUGUCUCACAACUGUCUUUAUGAGCAGUGUAUACGUGGACAGAGGAGGUGAAACCAAACUAAAUGGUGACACCCAACUAAUAAGCUCCUAAUAGCCUCCUCCUCCAUUUUGGACUCUUUUGAUUUCACUGUGAAGUUUCGUUGUUUUAAAACCUCCAUGGUCUCAGUGCACCCUCCAUCUGAGCUGUUAAUCAAUCACAAACAGCAACAAAUUUGAAAAUCAUUUUUGACUAUUAUUGUUUACUGCAAAAAGGGAUGGAUUUUGUGAUUUCAGCUGGACUUUAAGUUUAGAAUAGUUAUCAAAGUACCACUCAGUAUUGCCUUGUAUCUACUUGUAUCUUCUAUCUCUGCUCCUGUGUUGUUGUGUCCCAGUGCUAUGCUUUUCUUUUGAAAUCACUUCAUAUUAAGGGUUUGAAUAAAGGACAUGGUACGACUAUA